AUGCGGGUCCUGAUCGCCCGAGCGGGUCAGCACAUGCUGCGCAACGGCCGUACAUUGUCCACCAAAGCGCAGAGCCGCGUGACGAUCAUCGGCUCCGACGACGCGUACACGAAGAUCACGACGGAGGGAACGGGACGCCGGGCGGUCGUGUACUUCACAGCCAAGUGGUGCCCGCCGUGCAAGAUGAUUGGUCCUGUCUAUGAUGAGCUAAGUGCCAAGUACAAAGACAUUGACUUUGCUAAACUGGACGUCGACGAGCUCAAUGAGACUACUUCCAAGGCUGGCGUGCGCUCGAUGCCGACGUUCUUCUGCUUCAAGGAUGGCAAGUUCCAGCAGUCGCUCUCGUUUUCUGGUGCAGACGAAGACCUUUUGCGUGCGAACGUGAAGCAGCUGAAUGACCUUUAG